AAACGCAAAGGCAGUCAAUCACCCAAUCCACACAUGUAAUUUCUAGCAUGAUGCGAGUGUCAUUCGGUUGUUGAUCGCAAGUCGUUUAAGUGGUUCGACACACAAUUUCUCGAAUAGGAAACAAAUAUCAUAUCUUCAACGCAUUUAGUUUGUAUCGAACCCUUGGUGAUAACGAACGGGUGUUCAUUUUUUUUGUUGAUCGAAAUAUAAAGAAUUAGAUCACAUCUUACGUGAGCUAAAGAAAUAGUUUUAUUUUCUGCACAUACAAUCAACAAACAUUUUGUGCAUUUUUUAACGCAAUAUUUUUCAAUUAUAACAAUUAAUUUUUUUUUUGGGGGGAAAAUUUUCCCAUUAAAAGUGAUUACAAAACAUGACACUAUCUUUUUUGUCACCAUGUGAAUAGUGAACAAUAUUUUUUUUAAAUAAAUGUUGUGACCAAAUUUAAACAAAAAAAAAAAGUAUAUUUAAACAAGUGGUUACCAAUUGACAAUCAACUUUUCAAUUGAAAUUAAAAAUAUUACCAAUUUUUGUAAAACGUGCGAGUUAAUUUUGUGAGUUGAUAAAUGGAAACAUUAUUUCUGUCUCUAUGCCUGACACGUGUAUGGUCCAAAAUUUGCGAAUGAAAAAAAUGAAUUGAAUGCAAAUUUCACACAAUUUUUUUGCAACUUAUAGAUUUUUUGUGUCUUUAAAGUGACUGAUUUUACGGAACAAUUAAUUGAUAAGAAAGGAAAUUGAGAGAAACAAAAAAAUAAAAGAUAGAACAAUCAUCAAAAUGGAAACCAAAUUAUCGGAAGCUGCAGACAGACGCGAUCUAUUUGCAUUACAAUCUCUCAUUCAAAUUAAUCAAGAUCAUCGCUCUUCAUCACCAGUUGGAUGCUAUUCGCCAACAGCAAAUCGUUUAUUGCCAUGGCCACCGUCGGCACCACAAAAUAUGACCACGAACAACAGUGCCGACGCUAAUACGGCGCUCAGCAAUGGCAAUGCAAAUUCCAUGUCCAUGGUGAAUGGAAAUCGAAAAUUUCAACAUCUUGGCCUGAUAUGCGUCGUUUGUGGUGACACCAGCUCAGGAAAACACUAUGGCAUUUUAGCAUGCAACGGAUGCUCAGGUUUCUUUAAACGCAGUGUACGACGGAAAUUGAUUUAUCGGUGUCAAGCUGGAACUGGCCGAUGUAUAGUGGACAAAGCACAUCGAAACCAAUGUCAAGCAUGCCGAUUAAAAAAAUGUCUGCAAAUGGGCAUGAACAAAGACGCUGUCCAAAAUGAACGUCAGCCACGCAACACAGCAACCAUUCGACCGGAAGCUUUUCGCGACAUGGACCAAAGCAGGGCUUUGCGUGAGGCAGCUGUUGCCGUCGGUGUUUUUGCGCCGCCUAUGUUGCUAUCUCCAUCACGAUAUGGACCCGGUCUUUUGACGCCACAAACAAUUGCUUCUUUACCGCCAAGUUUACAUCAUAGCCACUUGGCAAUGCACCAUCAUCACCAUCACAAUGCAUUGAUUCCAAAUGGUUUGGCCAUGUCGUCCAAUUUAAACAACAAUUCCAUUCAGACAAAUAACAACAAUAUCACAAAUAAACUAACCAAUAAUCAUCAAUCGACUAACUCAACCAAAAAUAACAAUAACAACAACAGCAAUAGUAACGACACCGAAAAUCAUCGUCAUCACACUGAAAAUAAAACGGGUCGCCUAUCAUCAAACAAUUCAUCGAGCAAUUCGCCAAAUCAUUUAUCAAGUCGACCAAUAACACCAGUGACGAGCCAUGAGAAUUCGGGCAAUGCAAGAGGGAGUCUGUCUUCAGUUGGCUCUGAUAGCCCAAAUCCGUGCAAUGAUAACGAUGACGAUUCCAUCGAUGUCACAAAUGACGAAGAACCUGAACAGGAACAAGAAACAGAUCAUCAAAACACACCAAUGCUACCAAUGCCAAAUUUUAUGCCUCCCACAUCACUGUACAAUCAUACACAAGAAACUGUGUAUGAAACAAGUGCACGUUUGCUAUUUAUGGCUGUUAAAUGGGCUAAAAAUUUACCAAGCUUUGCCGAGCUUGCUUUUCGAGAUCAGGUAAUUUUAUUGGAAGAGUCAUGGGCUGAAUUAUUCCUUCUAAAUGCGAUUCAAUGGUGUAUGCCAUUAGAUCCAUCAAAUUGUCCACUGUUCUCGGUAUCCGAACAUUGCAAUAAUAUAAACGGUAAUACGAACAAUCUGAGCAAACAGGAGCUUGCAUUGGACAUUCGUGUGCUACAUGAUACACUGUGUCGAUUUAAAUCGAUUUUAGUUGAUCCGGCUGAAUUUGCAUGCUUGAAAGCAAUCGUUCUAUUUCGAUCGGAAACACGUGGCCUAAAAGAUCCAGCGCCAAUUGAAAAUUUACAAGAUCAAGCACAGGUUAUGCUAGGCGAACAUUGUCGACGUCAAUUCCCAGCACCGAAUGCACGAUUUGGUCGUUUGUUAUUGAUGCUACCGCUGCUUAGAAUUGUCAAUUCACAUCGUAUCGAAUCGAUUUAUUUUCAACGAACCAUUGGCAAUACGCCAAUGGAAAAGGUGCUUUGUGAUAUGUACAAAAAUUAAAGUGCACACCAAAACAACUGUACAAUUGUUCAGUAUUUUUGUGCUAGAAAAUGUCAAGCCAUGAUUCAAAUGUUUAAGUAAAUAUGUAUAUGUAAUUUUUAACAAUUUUCAAUUGCACAAUACACACACACACAAAUGAAAAAAACAACAACAAAGAAAUAACAUUCGAAAUGACCAAAGCGUAGAUUGCCGCUUUGAGGCUGAGUUUUUUUUAGAGAGUAAGAAGGAUAUUUAGGAGGUUUGUUUUUAAAAUUGACAUAAAUCACAUAUUUUAUUUUAUUUUAAUCGUGAAAAUUAUUUUAUUUGGUAGAAAAAUCUCUGGCAUUUAUAAUUUAAAAAAGUUUUCUGGCAUAUAGUUACCAUGGCCCCUUUUUUACAUAGGCCAAUUAUCCAAUCCGUUUUUGGUCAAUUUUAUGAUCAUACCAGAUUCUAUAAUCUUUUAUAAAUGGGUUAAAAAAAGAAUUUCUGGUACAUUUAAAGACAUGGUAAACCAGUGGAAGUCCUGAACUCUUCAUUUCUAUACAAAAAAAUGACACUUUAAUUAACCAACAGUGUUUUUUUUAGAUACGGCUUUUGUACCUAGAUAGAUAUAGAUAAUUUACGGAAAAUAUUUAACCGAAAUUCGAAUGAAACAUAGAUAUGAAAAUAUUCGUGAACGUUUGAUUUCGUCGAAAAUGAAAGAGAAUGAAAAAAUUAAUGAAAGAUAAAAAAAUAUAAAUAUUUGUUUUUGCUUGUAUCGACGAAAUUUUUUAUUGAACGUCGGCUUCAGAUUUGGCACCAGUCUCGAGACCAACCAUGCUAUUGUCUUCAGAUUGUUCGAUGACUGGAAUUUGCUUUGAGCGAAUUGUCAUUGCAUCGGCUUGAAUUUAAAAAAAACAACGUCUAUAAACGUCAAAAAUAUUUCAGAAAAAUAUGAAUAAAUAUUUACCUGCAAAUGAUGCCUCUAGUUGACCAAAAGUGACAUUUUAUACGCCGUCGGCAUUUUUGAGAUAUUUUUCUUAAAAUGUCUCUUGGUGCCAACUUAAUGACCAUGAAUGCCGUGAUUGAUGAUUGUUUGCUUCCAAAUAUUGCCGGUAAUCAUCCGGAGCCAUUUCAGUUCCAAUAAAAAACCAAAAUUUGCAAAGCAGCGACCCUUGAUUUUAAAGCAAAUUAUUUAAGGUUGGUUGGCCAAGAUUCGUGCGAUCUGAUGUCCCUGAAAUAUUUUUUGUGCAACAAAUUGAAGUCAUUGGACUAUGUGGAUAAGCUAACAACGAUUAAACGCCUCUUGGUCCAAUAUCGGCCAAUAUUUAUCACGUUAUUCUCGAGUUAUUGCCAACAAUGUCCGAAAAAGUGACCAAAAAUGAACUGACCUAUGUAAAAAGUGUCCAUGGUGACUGAAUGCCAGAAAUCUUUUUUAAAUCAUAAAUGCCAGAGAUUUUUCUUCCAAAUGAAGAAAUUUUAACGAUUAAAAUAAAAUAAAAUAUGUGAAUUAUGUCAAUUUUAAAAACAAACCUCUUAAAAAAAUCCUUCAUAAUUACAAGUGAUUCUUUCUUGCACAAUGGAAUAAUUUUAAAUUAAAGAAAGCAUCCGAAUAAGCAUUUAGAUAGUUUUAUAAAAUCGAUUGGCCGGACGUGAGUUCGCGUGAAAAUCGGAGAACAAGACAGAUUCAUUCAUAAGAAUGUUUAGAAUAAUAUAUUGAGAUAAAGAAUUAAAUAAAUAUAAAUUCAAAUUAGAUGAUCACCAUUAUCAUCCGCCUGAAUCCAAGCAACUUUCCUUUAGAAAUUAAAUCCACUUUGUAAAUAAGUAAACAAUUAAGUGAUGUUUGUUUGUAAUGUAUUAUGUUCAAAUAUUUUUCUUUUCAUUUUGUAAUUGAAUUAGGAUAUUUGUAAUUUUAACAGUUUAGCUUAACAUCAUCAUCAUUCGAAUGAAUAGAUUUUUAUUUCAACUAACAGCCAACACAUUGACAAAUCUUUAGAGAAUAAUAGCAGUACGGGAAGUUACCACUUACACAAGAUGGAAUGAAAAAUAUCGAAUUUCCUAGUUAAGCCUUUCGUUAAAUUUGAUCAAACAUCUAUUUUCAACAAAUACAAAAUAAUUUUGAUUUUAUUUCACUUAAAAACCGAAUUAAUUUGAAAACUUUCGAGAUAAAAUAAUCCAAUAUUGGAGUCAAUUGCAUAAAAAAUGACUUUUUAUCUCAUAUUCAUACGCAAAAUAAUACUAUUCUAAUUAUAAAAUGUAGCAUUAAGUUUUCAUUGCGUGGAAUAGCUAAUGAUUUAAUCGUUAUUCACACGAUUUAUAACUAAAUACAAAGAAAAUGAUUUAAAGGAUUAAUAAUGUAAUUCAAUUUGUGUAAUCUAUGACAAAAGUUUGCCUAAAUAUAUAGUAAAAUAUUAAUAAAAA